AUGUCGACCCUUCCACGAUUCUUUUCGCAACCACUGCGGUACCUACGAUGGGCAGCGAUUGAGAAGCCCGCGAUUUUCUACUCGAUUGUCAUUGGAAGCAUGGGACCAGUCACUGUUUUGGUCGUUCCGCCGAUCCGCAGAAUGUUGGGAGAUGGCAAGAGACCGGAGAUACCCCUCACAUAUCCAAUUCCAACGGGACCAAGGAAAACACUGGAAGGCUACGAUGAUGAGUAA